AUGCGACCGCCCAUCGACCCGCAAAUCGCCAAGUUCGCGCAGAAGAAGAAGGACUGGCUGCGACAGCAGCGCCAGCGAUUUGGCGAGAAACGGAAGGCUGGGUUUGUUGAGACCCAAAAAGCAGACUUGCCACCAGAGCACCUGCGCAAGGUCUUCCGAGAUAUCGGCGAUGUGUCACAGAAGAAGUUCACAACCGACAAGCGAAGCUAUCUCGGUGCGCUGAAGUUCAUGCCCCACGCGGUUCUGAAACUCCUCGAGAACAUGCCGAUGCCGUGGGAGAGCAGGCGAGACGUCAAGGUCCUGUACCACACCAAUGGCUGCUUGACGCUAGUGAACGAAGUUCCUCGCGUCAUCGAGCCGGUAUUCCAUGCGCAGUGGGCGGCCAUGUGGCUAGCCAUGAGAAAGGAGAAGAGCGACCGCCGACAUUUCAAGCGCAUGCGAUUCCCGCCAUUCGACGACGAAGAGCCACCGCUGUCCUACUCGGAGAACAUCGAAGACGUGGAACCUCUGGAACCAAUACAGUUAGAGCUUGACGAAGACGAAGACGGGCCGGUCUACGAGUGGUUCUAUGAUCAUCGAGCCCUUCUCGAUACACCACACAUCAAUGGACCGAGCUACGAGAAGUGGAACUUGGACUUGCCCCAGAUGGCCACCUUGUACCGCCUGAGUCGACAACUUCUCAGCGACACCGUGGACAAGAACUACUUUCAUAUGUUCGAUAUGAACAGCUUUCAGACGGCAAAGGCACUGAAUGUGGCGAUACCUGGAGGACCCCGCUUUGAGCCGCUCUACAAGGACAUCGAUCCAAAUGACGAGGACUUUGGCGAGUUCAAUGCCAUCGACCGCAUCAUCUUCCGUGCCCCGAUCCGGACCGAGUACCGCGUCUCAUACCCAUUCCUCUACAACUCGCUACCACGAAGUGUCAAGCUAGCUUGGUACUCCCAUCCGCAGGUUGUCUACAUUCGAGCAGAAGACCCGAGUCUUCCUGCCUACUACUUCGAUCCUAUCAUUAACCCCAUCUCAUCGCGAGCCGUGGCACCAAAGAACAUAUCUGUACCCCACGAGGACCAGGUUUUCGGCCAUGGAAACGAUGAGGAUGAUGAGGACGACUUUCAGCUACCGGACGAGGUGGAACCAUUCAUGGCUGAUGAAGAGCUCUCGACCCCUGAGACCGCCUCAGCAAUCGCGCUAUGGUGGGCACCACAUCCAUUCGAUAAGCGAUCAGGACGAAUGGUGCGGGCACAGGACGUCCCUCUAGUCAAGCAAUGGUACCUUGAACACGUGCCUGCGGGUCAGCCUGUGAAGGUCCGGGUCUCGUAUCAGAAGCUGCUGAAGACUUUUGUUUUGAACGAGCUUCACAAGAAGCCGCCACAGGCACAAAACAAGCAGGAUCUCAUGAAGACCCUCAAGAGCACGAAGUUCUUCCAGCAAACCAAGAUCGAUUGGGUUGAGGCGGGUCUGCAGGUCUGCCGACAAGGCUACAAUAUGCUCAAUUUGCUCAUUCACCGAAAGAACCUCACAUACUUGCAUCUUGACUACAACUUCAACUUGAAGCCUGUCAAGACGCUCACCACCAAGGAGCGAAAGAAGUCACGCUUCGGAAACGCGUUCCAUCUCAUGCGAGAAAUCCUUAGAUUGACCAAGCUCAUCGUUGAUGCACAGGUCCAAUAUCGUCUGGGUAACAUCGAUGCCUUUCAACUCGCUGAUGGCAUACUCUACGCCUUCAACCACGUUGGUCAACUGACCGGCAUGUAUCGAUACAAGUACAAGCUGAUGCACCAGAUUCGGUCAUGCAAGGAUCUGAAGCAUCUUAUCUAUUAUCGGUUCAACUCUGGGCCUGUCGGUAAGGGCCCUGGUUGCGGUUUCUGGGCUCCCGCGUGGAGGGUCUGGCUGUUCUUUAUGCGAGGUAUCAUUCCUCUGCUAGAGCGCUGGCUUGGUAACCUCCUUUCCCGCCAAUUCGAGGGUAGGCAUAGUAAGGGUGUCGCCAAGACUGUGACCAAACAGCGAGUAGAGUCCCACUUCGACCUGGAACUCCGCGCUGCCGUUAUGAGUGAUCUAAUGGAUAUGAUGCCCGAGGGUAUCAAGCAGAAUAAAGUCAAUACGGUCCUGCAGCAUUUGUCAGAAGCAUGGCGAUGCUGGAAGAGCAAUAUCCCGUGGAAGGUUCCCGGCCUACCAGCACCUAUCGAGAAUAUCAUUCUAAGAUAUGUCAAGAGCAAGGCAGAUUGGUGGAUCUCAGUUGCACACUACAACCGUGAGCGCAUCCGACGAGGCGCUACUGUAGACAAGACUGUGGCGAAGAAGAACUUGGGGCGACUGACAAGACUGUGGCUCAAGGCCGAGCAAGAGCGUCAGCACAACUACAUGAAGGACGGCCCAUACGUCUCAUCUGAAGAGGCUGUCGCCAUAUACACGACGAUGGUGCAUUGGCUCGAAGCAAGGAAGUUCCAACCGAUACCCUUCCCGAGUGUAUCGUACAAACACGACACGAAGAUUCUCAUUCUUGCUUUGGAGCGACUGAGGGAAGCUUACUCUGUCAAAGGCCGACUCAACCAGAGCCAGCGUGAGGAGCUAGCUUUGAUCGAGCAAGCUUAUGACUCUCCAGGAACGACACUGGCUCGCAUCAAGCGCUUCCUGCUCACGCAACGCGCCUUCAAGGAAGUCGGCAUCGACAUGAAUGACAACUACAGCAACAUCAACCCCGUCUACGACAUCGAACCCAUGGAGAAGAUUACAGAUGCCUAUCUCGAUCAGUAUCUGUGGUAUCAAGCUGAUCAGCGCCAUUUGUUUCCUGCUUGGAUCAAGCCCUCCGAUUCAGAAGUCCCCCCUCUUCUCACGUACAAGUGGGCACAAGGUAUUAACAACCUCGACAAGGUCUGGGAAUCUGACAAUGGCGAGUGUAACGUCAUGAUCGAGACGCAAUUGUCGAAAGUCUAUGAGAAGAUCGAUCUUACGAUGCUCAACCGCCUGCUACGACUUAUCAUGGACCACAACUUAGCAGACUACAUCACUGCAAAGAACAAUGUCCAGCUCAACUACAAGGAUAUGAACCACGUCAACGCCUAUGGCAUGAUUCGUGGAUUACAAUUCUCGGGCUUUGUGUUCCAGUUCUACGGACUCGUGCUCGACAUUCUACUGUUAGGCUUGCAGCGCGCCAAUGAAAUUGCUGGCACGCCUGACAGCCCGAAUGAUUUUCUUCAGUUCAAGGACAAGGAGGCGGAGGUUCGUCAUCCAAUCCGACUCUACACGCGAUACAUCGACCGUAUCUGGGUGUUCUUCAGGUUCACUGCCGACGAAUCUCGAGACUUGAUUCAACGCUUCCUAACAGAGAACCCGGAUCCUAAUUUCGAGAACGUCAUCGGAUACAAGAACAAGAAGUGCUGGCCUCGUGAUUCGAGAAUGCGCUUGAUGCGCCACGAUGUCAACCUUGGUCGCGCAGUCUUCUGGGACCUCAAGAACCGUUUGCCACGCUCGGUCACGACGAUUGAGUGGGACGAUACCUUUGCCAGUGUUUACAGUCGCGACAACCCCAAUCUACUCUUCUCAAUGUCAGGUUUCGAGGUUCGUAUAUUGCCAAAGAUCCGUAAUCUGGCAGGCGAAUUCCCUGUGAAGGACAGCGUGUGGUCUCUCGUCGACAACUCCACAAAAGAGCGAACUGCGGAUGCGUUCUUGCAAGUGACCGAGGAGGACAUCCAGAAGUUCAACAAUCGUAUUCGACAGAUUCUGAUGUCUUCCGGAUCGACCACGUUUACGAAGAUUGCUAAUAAAUGGAACACGACCCUUAUCGCCCUCUUCACCUAUUACCGUGAAGCCGCAGUGUCGACGGUCAACCUACUUGACACCAUCGUCAAGUGUGAGACCAAAAUCCAGACCCGUGUCAAGAUUGGGCUGAACUCCAAGAUGCCUUCGCGUUUCCCUCCUGCUGUCUUCUACACUCCCAAGGAGCUUGGUGGUCUUGGUAUGAUCUCUGGGUCCCACAUUCUCAUACCCACAAGCGAUAAGCGUUGGUCGAAGCAAACCGACACUGGUGUAACGCACUACCGUGCCGGUAUGUCCCAUGACGAGGAGACACUGAUUCCUAACAUCUUCCGCUACAUCAUUCCUUGGGAAUCCGAGUUCGUAGACUCACAGCGCGUAUGGAUGGAGUACUCACAGAAACGCCAAGAAGCGCAGCAGCAGAAUCGACGACUGACGCUUGAGGAUUUGGAGGACAGCUGGGAUCGAGGUCUUCCUCGUAUUAACACGCUGUUCCAAAAGGACCGUAGUACACUCAGUUUUGACAAGGGCUUCCGAGCUAGGACCGAAUUCAAGAUUUACCAGCAUAUGAAGAGCAACCCCUUUUGGUGGACUAGCCAGCGACACGACGGAAAGCUGUGGAACCUCAACGCGUAUCGUACGGAUGUUAUUCAGGCUCUUGGUGGUGUUGAAACCAUUCUCGAGCAUACAUUGUUCAAAGCAACGGCAUUCCCUUCCUGGGAGGGUCUCUUCUGGGAGAAAGCUUCUGGUUUCGAAGAAUCGAUGAAGUUCAAGAAGCUCACCAACGCCCAGCGAUCCGGUCUUAAUCAAAUUCCCAACCGUCGUUUUACACUCUGGUGGUCUCCAACCAUCAAUCGAGCCAACGUCUACGUUGGUUUCCAGGUCCAGCUCGACCUCACAGGCAUAUUCUUGCAUGGAAAGAUCCCCACUCUCAAGAUCUCGCUUAUCCAGAUUUUCCGAGCCCAUUUGUGGCAGAAGAUCCACGAGUCGGUUGUUAUGGAUCUGUGCCAAGUCUUCGACCAGGAACUCGAAGCUCUCGGCAUUGAGACGGUGCAGAAGGAGACGAUCCAUCCUCGAAAGUCGUACAAGAUGAACAGCUCCUGCGCUGACAUCUUGCUCUUCGCCAGCCACAAGUGGAGUGUUUCGCCGCCGUCGAUGUUGUACGACACCAAGGAUACCAUGAGCGCCACUACCACAAACAAGUUCUGGGUCGAUGUUCAGUUACGCUAUGGCGAUUACGACUCGCACGAUAUCGAGCGCUACGUUCGAGCCAAGUAUCUCGACUACACUCAGGAUAGCAUGAGCAUAUAUCCUUCCGCUACUGGUCUCAUGAUCGGCAUCGACCUGGCAUACAACCUGUACUCAGCAUAUGGACAGUAUUUCCCUGGUCUCAAGCAGCUCAUUCAGCAGGCCAUGGCCAAGGUCAUGAAGGCCAACCCAGCUCUCUACGUCCUCCGUGAGCGUAUCCGCAAGGGCCUUCAGCUGUACGCUUCUGAAAGCUCCCAGGAGUUCCUCAACUCUCAGAACUACUCCGAGCUUUUUAGCAAUCAGAUCCAGCUGUUCAUCGACGACACCAACGUCUACCGUGUGACGAUUCACAAGACUUUUGAGGGUAACUUGACUACGAAGCCCAUCAACGGUGCGAUUUUUAUCUUCAACCCUCGUACUGGACAGCUGUUCUUGAAGAUCAUUCACACGAGCGUCUGGGCAGGUCAGAAGCGUCUUGGUCAACUCGCGAAGUGGAAGACUGCAGAGGAAGUCGCAGCUCUCAUUCGAUCCCUGCCUGUGGAAGAGCAACCGAAGCAACUGAUCGUCACGCGCAAGGGUCUAUUGGAUCCUCUUGAAGUCCAUUUGCUCGACUUCCCUAAUAUUUCGAUCCGUGCGUCUGAGCUCCAACUACCCUUUCAAGCGGCUAUGAAGGUUGAAAAGCUUGGUGACAUGAUUCUCCGAGCGACUGGACCCCAGAUGGUUCUCUUCAACUUGUACGACGAGUGGCUGAAGACGAUUUCCUCUUACACUGCCUUCUCACGUCUCAUCCUCAUCUUGCGCGCGCUCCAUGUCAACCAGGAUAAGACGAAGCUGCUUCUGCGCCCCGACAAGACCGUCAUCACCCAGGAGCAUCACAUCUGGCCCACACUAGCGGAUGAGGACUGGAUCAAGGUCGAAGUCCAGCUUCGAGAUCUCAUUCUCAAUGACUAUGGCAAGAAGAACAACGUUAACACCUCGUCGCUCACGAGCAGUGAAGUGCGUGACAUCAUCCUGGGUAUGGAGAUAUCAGCACCUUCGAUGCAGCGCCAGCAGGCUGCCGAGAUCGACAAGCAGCAAGAAGAGCAGCAGCAGUUGACUGCUGUCACCACCAAGACCAUGAACGUGCAUGGAGAGGAGAUGGUGGUUACGACAACCUCACAAUACGAGCAAGCAUCCUUCGCUUCGAAGACCGAGUGGCGGACGAGGGCAGUAGCAACCUCAAAUCUGCGUACCCGUGCGAACAACAUCUACAUCAACUCAGAAGACGUCAAGGUAGAUGAGCAAUUCACCUACGUCAUGCCCAAGAACGUGCUCAAGCGCUUCAUCACCAUCGCCGACCUCCGCGUCCAAGUUGCAGGGUACCUCUACGGCAGGUCGCCUCCAGACAACAACCAAAUCAAGGAGGUCUGCACCAUUGUCAUGAUCCCCCAAGUCGGCAACACGCGCGAUGUGCAACUGCCCAAGCAGCUGCCGCAGCACGAGUACCUCGACAACCUCGAGCCACUCGGAAUCAUCCACACUGUGAGCGGAAACGAGCCACCUUACAUGCAGGCUAGCGAUGUCACACAGCACGCACGCUUGAUGAAUGCACACGCUAGCUGGGACAAGAAGACUGUUUCCAUGACCGUGUCUUUCACCCCAGGCUCUGUCUCGCUGGCUGCGUGGGCCCUCACGCCCAAUGGCUAUAAGUGGGGCGCGGACAACAAGGAUACCAUGUCUGAUAACCCCACUGGCUUCAGCACAUCGUUUGGCGAGAAGUGCCAGCUCCUACUGUCCGACAAGAUUCGAGGUUACUUCUUAGUGCCCGAUAACGGUAUUUGGAACUACAGCUUCAUGGGCAGCACGUUCGGCACGGUAGAGAAGAAACCAGUACACGUACGACUUGAUACUCCAGUCAGGUUUUACGAUAGUGCGCAUAGACCACUACAUUUCCAAAACUUUGCCGAGUUGGAGGAUGUUUGGGUUGAUCGGGAUAAUCAGUUUGAGUAG